AUGUCGAGUCCGUGCGACGGCACAACGUGGGAGCUGCUCGAGCACGGUGCGCUCGAGCAGCUUCUGGACGACCACCUGGUGGAGCACCGGGGAGCCCUGGAGCGGGUCGCGGAGGAGCAUUGGCGUGAGGUCGCGGAGCUGAAGGCUCAACUCUUCCGCCUCGAGCGCGAGGGCUCUCGGUGCACUGCGGCAGGCGGUGCGUCGCCGGCGCCGCCGCGGGCGGAGGCUCAGGCCAGGGUCGUUGGCGGCGCGCCGAGUCGCAAACAUUGUUGGCCCCCGCUGCACGCUGCAGCUGGCGACGGCCAGCUUCAGGUUGUGCGGCACCUUUGCGAGCAGGUCGCCGCCGCUGUAGACACGCCCGACACAAAACAUGGCUUCACCCCGCUGCGCGUUGCAGCUCACAACGGUCAGCUCGAGGUCGUGCGAUAUUUGUGGGAGCAAGCCAAGGCUUUCGACCUCGUGCGUACAGUUCUAUUGCACUUUGAGUCCGCGUCCGAAGCCAGCAACUUCCUGACGCAGUAUGAGGCUGAUGGAUACGCGGUCAGCGGCAACGUGCUCGGCGGCUGCGUCUGUGUUCUGAGGGGGCCAGAUGAGUCGGUCCUUCUGGCGAACCUGCGGCUGAGCGAAGAUGCCUCUCGAGUCGACCUCGGCCUUGAGCUCGACGCGCUACUGGAGUUCGGUAUCCAUCAACACGCUGGUCCUUUCCGCGAGACGGCCGCGGACACGCGCGGUCAUUGCGGUGAUAUCGGAGAGCUCUCCAGGGAGCUGGAUGGGCCCCGUCCCGGGCACAACAUCGGCUUCUCGGUAUUUGAGGACUCCCGUCUGAGCUACAAGGAAUGCCAGGUCCUGCUCGCUGGUGAGCUCGACCUCGAUUUCGUUGGCGCAUCGGUCGCUGCGCUCAAGGAAGACCUUAAGCGCCUACAGGCCAAGAUCGCCGCGGGCGCGCCUGAUGGUUGGACCCGACUGCACGCUGCAGCGCGCGCGGGCCAGCUCGAGGUUGUGCUGCGCAUGUGCGAGCAUGCCAGGGUCGCUGCACACGCGCCUCGCUCGAAAAAUGGCUGGACUCCGCUGCGUACUGCAGCUCGCGCGGGCCAGCUCGAGGUCGCGCGAUACUUGUGCGAGUGUGCCGAGGUCGCUGCAGAUAUAUUUACCGUUCACGAUGGCGGAACUCCGCUGUAUAUUGCAGCUCUCAGCGGCUAUCUUGGGAUUGUGCGAUAUCUGUGCGAGCAGGGCACGGUCGCCGCAGACGCGCCCGGCACAGAAGACGGGGGGACUCUGCUGCAUGCUGCAGCUCAUUUCGGUCAGCUCGAGGUCGUGCGAUGCCUGUGCGGGCAGGGCAAGGUCGCAACAGACGCGCCUAAUACAAAAUAUGGGGGGACUCCGCUGCAUUCUGCAGCUUGCGCGGGCCAGCUGGAGGUCGCGCAAUGCUUGUGCGAGCGUGCCGAGGUCUCUCCAGACUCUGCUAACGCGCAAGGUAGCGGAACUCCGUUUCACAUUGCAGCGCUCGGGGGCAAGCUCGAGGUGCUCGCGGCCUCGCGAGGCUCCCGGCGACCUCGGCGCGCGACGCCGAUGGCCCGGGGGCCGGGCAGGAUCAUCGAUGCGCUGUUCGGGAACGGGACCAUGGACAGGAUGCUCGCGUCCGUCACUGGGGAGCCCAAGAGACUGCCUCCCCCCGCGGGGCCGCCCAGGCCGCCCGACGAAGGGGACAGCGACCGGCUGGAGCAGUCGAUCCGGAAGCAGGAGCAGCAGACCUUGGCCAUCGAGAAGAUGAUGGCCGAGCUGCAGAUGCUCAUGGUGUCCAAGGUGGAAGAGGAGAAGAAGAUCAACACCGACCUCCGCCAGGACAUGGACGACCUGAAGCUGCAGAUCUCUACCGUGCAGGAGUCUUACUCCAAUGCCUGCGACCAGCUUGAGAUGACGCAGGUGGAGCUGCAGAGCCGCGUCAACACGGUGACCGCCGAGCUGACACAGGAGCGUGUCAUGGCAGACGAACGCGCGAUGACCGCAGCCGAGCGCUCCAAGGAGCUCGAAGAGCAGGUCCGGAAGAUCGAAGAGGAGAGAAAGAGGCUAUACGACCAGCGGAGCGUGAUCACAGGGGAGGUCAAGAGCCUGACUGAGAAGGUAGUGUCGGGCCAGGCCGAGAAGGCGCAGCUUCAGGAGAAGGCGGCUGCCACCGAGACCGAGAAGGCAGAGCUCGAGCGGAAUAUCGCCGAGGUGUAUGCCGACAAGGCGCAGCUGGGGCAGGAGCUCUCGGCCGCCAGCGAGCGGGGCAGGGAGCUGCAGCAGGCGGCGGCGGAGGCCGAGGCGCAGACAGCUUUGCUGCUGGAGCAGCGCAAGGUCAUUACCGGGGAGGUUGCCAACCUCACACAGAAGGUGGUCAACACCGAGAAUGACAAGGCAAUGCUGAACCAGGAGAUCGCCGAGCUGGAGUCUCAGAACGCAGACCUUGGAGGCGGGCCGGCCCGCACCGCUUCUCAGGAGACCCGGGUGAGCGCCAAGAGGGGCGCAGUGGAACGGAGUCCCCGCGAAGACGCCACCCAGUACGAUGGCGAUACAAAACGGGCACAGGAUGACAGCCCCCGCCCGUUUGGGGGCGCGGUCACGCGGAAUGUCUGCGAGGCCGCCACGCAAUGGGAGAACCAGGCGCAGACAAAGGUUCCCGCGGAAUCUAGCAUGGAGACAGAUGCCCAGCCAGACGCGCUGGAAGAGCCAGCCGCCCACGGCACUGGUGGUCCUGCGAUCGGUGACAGCAGUUUCACGACCACUGGUUCUCCGGCCUCGCCGAACCCAGCGGCCGAGCAGCCUGCAUGGUGGCAGAUGCUGCAGACACUCCAGGCGUGCAGCGUUGAAGUCUCGGCCGACAGAUCCGCCGAUGCUCACGGAUGGCACGUCCGCGCCUGGGGAGGACAGGGGGCGCCCCGCUGGACUCGCGCCGUUGGAGCCAGCGCCAGGAGUGCCGCGGCGCGCAGGGCGGGCCCGGCGUUCCGUGGCCCAUUGGCCAGACCGCCCGCUGGGGUGGUUGUGGAGUUGCAGGAGUGGUUAGACAGGCAAGUCCUGUCCACGCUAGCUGGCGAGGUGCAGGCUCUGAGCGCCUUUUUAGCGGAGGCAGAAUGGCUGGUGCAGAUCUCGAUGCAUCGCUUCUUCUGCUCAUCGCUGGCACCGGAAGCACGGCUACAGGUCGUUGCCUUGCUUCCGCUGUCCUGCCACCCCGCCGCGGGCGCCAUGGCUCGACAACACUCGCGCGUGGGAGCAGGGACCUGCCAGCUGCAGGAGGACGCCCGGAGAGGGGGCGGAGGCAGCACGAUCUCCGGCCUCGAGGGCGACAGGGACAGCCUGGAAGGCCGCGUCACUGCCUCCAAGGCCGAGGCCAGGAGGCUGACCGACCGGGUGCGCCGCAGGCGGCUGCGCGCCGCGCCCCGCUUCCGCGCGCGCGCGGCGCCUCCGCGCGCCAUGGGCCCGGCGCCGAGCAAGCCCUCGCGGCCGGAGUUCGAGGCGCUGCUGGGCCAGCUGGAGGAGGGCUGCCGAGACGCCGCGGAGGUGCUCCGCACCGCGGACGUGCUGCUGCUGUGCACGGGCGCAGGCUUCUCGGCGGACAGCGGCCUCGCGGUGUACAAGGACAUCGCAGGACUGAGGGCGUACGAGGAGCUCGGGCUCUGCUACCACGACAUCUGUCGGCCCGAGUGGCUGCACAGCGACCCCGAGCUGUUCUACGGCUUUUGGGGAACCUGCUACAACGACUACAGGGACACCGAGCCGCACGACGGCUACGGCCUCGUCCGCGGCUGGAGAGACCGCUUCUUCGCCUCCUCGCUCGCCGCGCGCUCCAUCCGCAACCGGCUGGACGGCGGCAAGCGCCGCGGCAAGUCGGUGGGUGGCACGGAGUAUGGCGGGAGCGCCAGCAGCCAGAGCAGCCCGUACAAGGCGGGUUGCGGGGGAGCCAGGGGGGUGUUCGGGUUUUGA